AUCUAUGACACGUAUUUGAUGUUUUCUUGAAAACCUUGAAUUUAACAAUUCUCUCGAAGUAAUAUUUUUUAUUUUCUACUUUUACUGUACGUGUAUAUACAAUAAUGUCGAAAGUAACAUUCAAGAUCACAUUAACUUCGGAUCCAAAACUGCCUUUUAAAGUAUGCUGAGUUAUCGUGGGUACUACAUUGAAGUUACACUGCUCUGAUAUGGAUACAGCUGUCCUAAGGCAGUUUCUAGACUAUUUCCAAGAUUUCCUUCAUUUAUGCCAGUUAGAAAAUUGGCCAAACAAUGAUACCACUGAGACUGAACUACAGAAUGCCUUUUUAAUAUCACAACACAUCGAAAAAUGUAUGGAUAGACUUCAAAAGAACGAAACUAUUAAUGAGUUUCUGUCUACUUUACAUAAUGACAAAGAAACUUCCGGUACAUUCCUCAAAAUGUGCCUGGGAGACCCUCCUAAAUAUGUACUGAAGAAAAUUAUCAAUUCCGAAACAAAAAUCAGCCAAAUGGACACAGGGUUCCGGAUGUUUCUUCAGUUGUUCCCCGAGCAGAGAUUAGAAGAUAGCUUGACUGAUAUAAUGUUGGAGGCGGCAUCUAAGGAGACUCUUUUACGGAAUUUAUCACAAGAAUUUGAUAAAGAUAAAAUUGUUGAAUUCAAAAGUCAAAUAUUCCUCUCGGAACUGCACAAAUGUGAGAAUACAAAAAACAUAGUAGCUGAUAUCCUAGUUAAACCUAACCAGAGUAUAAUUAACUUGUUAGUAACGAGUUUGUUGAAUAAAGAAGUUAAACACUUGACUACUGUAACAAAUAUUGCUAGUGCAUUUAAAGAUGUAAUGUUAUCCAGAAAUCAUAGUAAUCAGUCCUUCUGGAAGUAUCUUUUUAAUGUUGAUGAGGAAAAAUUCAUUCAGUUAUGUUUACAUUACAGUGAUUUAUUUAAAUUAAUCACCAACUCUUUAAUUGAUUGUAGUAAGUUAUUGAGAGAGAAUAUGUCCUCCGAAUUCUUUUAUAUAGAUAUAACAUAUUCCCAAUUAGUUAGUAUUGUUAAAAGAAUAUGCUCAAACGAUAGUUUACGAAUUGAGUUUACAGAUAUUGUUAAUGAUGAUAGUUCCACAAUGAGUUUCUGGCAGGGUAUGAUGUGAUAUAUAUUUUUUAUUAAACUGGAAAGACUUAUUAUUGUUGUAUUAUUUAAUAAAGCAUUU